UCAGGAAGCAUGAAUAAAGACGACGCGGUGCGCCGACCAGCAGCGCUGAAAUUCACUAUUGAUCACAUCCUUAAUAAGGAGUCUGAUGUGAAUCGCCCAAAUUCACAACUCAGUCCAGAGAGCAGCUUUUCAUCGUCUCAUAAACCAGAGUACGGUGGAAGAGAUGGCUGUGGCCGCUCUCUGAGCAUCAUGAUGGACAAAGUAAGUUUAAACUAUCCCAACACGAACAGCCAAGAUAAAAUUUCUAAACAUCCCCAAAACCACAAGAAGACCAAAGUACUGGUGAAGAAGAAAACACGCACCAUUUUCUCCAAAAGACAAAUCUUCCAGCUGGAGUCGACAUUUGACUUAAAGCGCUAUCUGAGCAGCGCUGAACGAGCAUGUCUCGCCAGCUCCUUACAACUUACUGAGACCCAGGUCAAAAUCUGGUUCCAGAACAGAAGGAAUAAACUGAAACGGCAGAUCUCCACAGACCUAGAAGGGCCGUACAGAGGAACUGUUGGGAGUAAUAUUUUGGGAGGAUGUUUGUUGUCGACUCCUGUUCCUCUCCUGUAUGGAGGAAGCACUCCACACCACCUGUAUCUUUCCCAUAUCAGCAAAUAUUUCAGGCUUUUUGAUGGAGAUACGUGAUUUCUCACAGCACAGACUAUUUUUUUUUUUAUUGCAUAGAAAAUACGAAACCAUUUGGAGGAACAAUUCUGGACUGGAAGUCAUUCAACUUGUGAUAAUAGUUGCGCAAAUAAGGUUGAACAAUACAUUUGUCUUGCCUAUUUUAUUAUGCAAUAAGGGCAUAACAUUUUUUAAACAUUA